AUGGAAGCAAAUAAAGAUGCUGCUUUACAUUAUGUAGAACUUGCUGAAAAAGCAAUUCUAGCUGAUGACAAUGAACGAGCUAUUCGUUAUUUAAAUAAAUCUAUAGAUCUUUUCCCAAUACAUAAAGCCAAAGAUCUUCUUGAACGACUGACAAAUUCGACCACUCAUUCGAAAAAUAAUGAUAAAGCUCAUGAAUCCACUUCAUCUUCAAGUCAUCAUCAUGCAACGACAAAUAGUACUUCAUCACAUGCAAGACAUAGAACAACUUCAAUAUCCAGUAAUGAUUAUACGCCUGAAGAAGUAGAAGCUGUACGCAAGUAA